UCGGCCGCGGCCCCGCCUCCUCAGCGGUUCCGCCUUCCGACACAACAUGGCAGCGACGGCGGCGAAGGCCGGACUGGCCGGGUUGAGGCGGGCGGCCUCGGUGAUGUGCCUGGGCACUCGGCGGCCGCCCCUCCGGGAGCUCUCGGCUCCGGCCCGGCUGUACCACAAGAAGGUGGUUGAUCACUAUGAGAAUCCCAGAAAUGUAGGAUCCCUUGACAAGAAAUCCAAAAAUGUUGGCACUGGAUUGGUGGGGGCACCUGCUUGUGGAGAUGUUAUGAAAUUACAGAUCCAAGUGGAUGAAAAAGGGAAGAUUGUGGAUGCCCGAUUCAAGACGUUUGGCUGUGGCUCUGCCAUCGCUUCGAGCUCCCUGGCCACCGAAUGGGUCAAAGGCAAAACGGUGGAAGAGGCCUUAACCAUCAAAAAUACUGAUAUUGCCAAGGAGUUGUGCCUCCCUCCGGUUAAGCUGCACUGCUCCAUGCUUGCCGAAGAUGCAAUCAAGGCUGCCCUGGCAGACUACAAACGGAAGCAGGACACCCCUAAGAAAGAGGAGGCCAAGGAGGAGGAGGAGGAGAAGAAGUGACCGAGCCCUGCCCCUCCCCCUGCUGCGCCUGCACUGGCCAGGCCCUCCAGUCUCCCCUUCCAGCACAAUCGAUCUCACCUUAGAGGAUAGGAAGCUCCUGUUCCCCAAUAAAAGAGCCAUGUGAUAAUCACGCACAAUGUCCUGUUCUCAUAGAAGCUCUAAUCGAUCUCGUGAAACUCACAGCUUCUGUUCUCAGUCUUUGCCCCCAUCACCCCCCUCGAGGCCUGAUGUAGCUGGAGAUUGUGAACUGUGUGGCCUGCAUUACCUCAUCUCUUCCCAAGCUGGAAACAAAUGGAACCCCAGAAUACCUUUCAUCUGAAGGGAUGACUUUCAUUUAGCACUUAAUUGCACCUGAGUUGGGUUUGGGGAAAAGAGUUGUUGUUACAGAUUGCCUUGGUCUAAAUAUUGGAGAGAACCAUUAUAUAUAAAGCAGAUCUUCUAUGUAUAUAUACAUGUACACACAUAUACACAUAUAUGAUAUAAUAAAACUCCUGUGAGAACUCAUCUGUCCUCAAUCUG